CCCGGUGUGCACUUACCGGAAGUCAUCCUAAUUCGUCUUUCCUCGCCAAGAUGGGAUCCGUUGUGUUGACGGUUUUGUCUGUGACAAUAGGGAUCUUUUUUAUCUUCAUCGGAACUCUGAAAUUAAACUCAUCUAUAAGCACAGAAAUUUAUAGGGAAAUGAGAAAAACUUUCAUACGAAGAGCCAAAGUAUUCCCAUUAGUGAAACAGACAGGAUGGAAACCAAACCCUCAUUUUUACAGAAAGGUUAUUGGCACUGUGGAGGUUAUUAGUGGCGUCACCUUGCUAGCUAUUCCAGGGAGCUUGAAGCAAGUUGCAAAUGUAUCGCUGCUGUUGAUUAUGUUGAGUGAUAUCUACACCCAUUAUGCCCUUGACGAAGGGCUGGAGAGAAUGAGCCCGGCAAUUGUGUUCGCCUUGCUCCUCUCUUGCCGUCUCAUCAUUCACCUGCAACUCCGUGCUAGGGAAGGUGCCGCCACCAACAGCAACGUCAGAAGACCUUCUACAUCACAAUUCACAAAGAAAGUAGAAUAGACACAUUGACAAAAAAAAACACAAGCAUUAAUAAACAAAUUAACAAAAAAAAAAAUUCCAUAUAAUAAUCGAACCAUUCAUACCUGCAGAUAAAACUGUUGAGUUUUUCUGUUGUUUUUUUUUUUGUUUUUUCCCCAUUUCUGUAUAUUUUUUUUUGUUUUUGUAAUUUCUUUUUGUAUUAUAAUAUUUGUGAUUUUUUUUUUCUAACUUGUUUUCUAAACUCUUGUUAAAAUAUACAAAAAUAAAUCUAUGAAAGGUUAAAAACAAUAAAAUUAGACAAGAAGAGGGAAAAAGAAAACAAAAAAAUACGCAAUUUCAGUAAGAAACUUCUUGUAUUGUUCAACCACUCAAAUCCCUUUUCCCUUUCCCACCCCCCUCACUAAAAGAUAAA